CGCCACAUUUCUCCCUUAGCAAUCUUUCUCUCUCUCUCUCCAAAAAAUAAAAAUGGCGGAUCUUUCACAAAGCACACACAGAAAACCAGUUAGUCUGAACGAUCGCCAUUAUCGCCUCCUUCAAGACCUCUCUGCUCCUCCCAAACAACCACCGCCGCCGCCGCCAGUAACGUCCUUCGAGGAAGAAGAAGAGAGCGUAUUCAACGAGAAGUUCGACGGACGACGUCGUAUUUGCAAAGCAGAAUCAGAGGAUGAUAAUAUCCCUAAAUUCUGUGAAAUCACUGAUUUUGAUUCUUCACCUGAAGAAGAAAAGCCUACGAAGGUUAGGAUUGAAGGAAGACGGAGACUUUGCAAAGUAUCUUCUGGAGAUGAUGGGGAUGAUGCAAGUAGAGAGGAAGUGAAAGAUGAUUCUAGUUUUGAUGAUAUUGCCGAUUUUGAUUCACCCAUUCCGUCUAAAAGUGUUGGUGAUAGUGAUAAUAAUAAGGGUGGUAAUAAGAUAAAAGAUAUUCUUAGUGAUUUGACCUAAAGGCUUGACCUUUUGUCAAUUGAGAAAAAGAGAGUUCCUGAAAAUAAUAAUGUGGUCAAGAAAGUUCAUGUGGUUGAAUAUGCAAGUGCUGAGUCUUUGUUUUCUUUGUCGUCUAGUCCAUCUGAUGCCUCAUUGGAUGUUAUUAAAAACAGUGGAGGUGAUGAUGAGAGUGCUGUGAAUGAGUAUGAGGAGGGUGAUUUAUUGAGUGAGUCAUUUGAUGAUGAGGUUAGUAGAGGGCUAAAGAAGAACAAAUAUGGAAGGGUGGAUGAAAAGUUUGUCCCUGUGGGAAAACCUUUUGUGUCCAAUGUUGUAGAAGAUGAAAGUGAUGUGCAGAUUGAGUCUAACCAUGAUGAAUAUGUAACUAGGGUGGAGAAAACUAAGAAAGUUACUCAAAGAGUGAAGGAAAAUGAACCCGAUGGGUUCAAUGAGAGAUUGAGGUCUGUAGGACGGUCUUCGGUGCUUAGUCUUCGAGAUGAAUCAGAGGAUGAUGAAGAUGAUUUUGUGGUUUUGACCGGAAAAAAGGUGGUCAAGAAAGUUGGGAGACCCGGUGCCAUUGCCAAGUAUAAUGUAUUAUCUGGUGAAUCUGAGACUGCUGUGUUGGAAAAUCAUGCAGAGUCAGAGGAUGAUGGUUCCAUUAUCUUGCCUGGACUAAAAUCUACAUACAAGUUACCUGGUAAAAUUGCAAAAAGGCUGUAUCCACAUCAGUGUGAAGGUUUAAGGUGGCUCUGGUCUUUGCAUUGCAAGGGUAAGGGUGGAAUCUUAGGAGAUGACAUGGGCUUGGGAAAAACGAUGCAGAUUUGUAGCUUUCUAGCAGGUCUCUUCCAUUCGAAAUUGAUUAAGAGGGUAUUGGUUGUGGCCCCUAAAACACUGCUCACUCAUUGGAUUAAAGAACUAUCUGUUGUGGGGCUUUCUGGGAAGACUAGAGAAUACUUUGGGACCUCUUUAAAAGCUCGGGACUAUGAGCUGCAAUAUAUACUUCAGGACAAAGGAAUUCUUCUCACAACUUAUGAUAUUGUGCGGAACAACUCAAAAUCUUUACGAGGGGACCAUUACUUUCUGGACGAGGAUAGUUAUAUUUGGGACUAUAUGAUUCUGGAUGAGGGACAUCUCAUAAAAAAUCCUAGUACUCAGAGAGCGAAAAGUUUGAUUGAGAUACCAAGUGCUCAUUGUAUUGUCAUUAGUGGCACUCCGAUUCAAAACAAUCUUAGGGAAUUGUGGGCUUUGUUCAACUUCUGUUGUCCUGAUCUUCUUGGUGACAACAAGUGGUUUAAGCAAACAUAUGAGCAUCCCAUACUUCGUGGAAAUGAAAAAAAUGCUUCUGAUAGGGAGAAGCGUAUUGGUUCAACAGUUGCAAUGGAACUAAGAGAACGCAUUCAACCUUACUUUUUGCGCCGUAUGAAGAAUGAAGUGUUCAAGGAAGAUGAUGCCACAACUGCUAAACUUUCCCGAAAGAAUGAGAUCAUUGUGUGGCUUAGACUAACUGCUUGCCAGCGGCAACUUUAUGAAGCCUUUUUGCGGAGCGAGAUUGUUCUCUCAGCUUUUGAUGGCUCGCCAUUGGCUGCACUAACGAUAUUGAAGAAAAUAUGUGAUCACCCGCUUCUCUUGACAAAAAGAGCGGCUGAAGAUUUGUUAGAGGGAAUGGAGUCCAUGCUAAAUCCUGAAGAUGUUGCUGUGGCUGAAAAAUUGGCCAUGCAUGUUGCUGAUGUUGCUGAAAGAAUUGACUUUCAAGAGAAGCAUGACAGCAUCUCCUGCAAGAUCUCUUUUGUGUUGUCGCUACUGGAUAAUUUAAUUCCAGAGGGACACAAUGUUCUUAUAUUCUCUCAAACUCGUAAGAUGCUUAAUCUCAUCGAGGAAUCUCUGGUGUCCAAUGGUUAUGAGUUCUUACGCAUAGAUGGUACGACGAAAGUUACUGAUAGAGCAAAAAUUGUUGAUGACUUCCAAGAAGGAAAUGGUGCUCCUAUAUUUUUGCUAACAUCUCAGGUUGGCGGUCUAGGUCUUACACUUACGAAAGCAGAUCGUGUGAUUGUGGUUGAUCCUGCUUGGAAUCCUAGCACGGAUAACCAAAGUGUUGAUCGUGCAUAUCGAAUUGGGCAAAAGAAGGAUGUGGUCGUAUACAGAUUAAUGACUUGUGGAACUGUUGAAGAGAAAAUUUAUAGAAAGCAGAUAUUCAAGGGGGGGUUAUUUAGAACAGCAACUGAAAACAAAGAACAAAUUCGAUACUUUAGCCAACAGGAUCUGCGGGAGCUAUUCAGUCUCCCUAAGCAGGGGUUCAAUAUUUCCCUCACACAGCAACAAUUACAUGAAGAGCAUGACAGCCAGCACAAAAUGGAUGAGUAUCUGGAAUCCCACAUAAAAUUCUUGGAGAGUCAAGGUAUAGCAGGAGUCAGUCACCACAGCUUACUCUUCUCAAAGACAGAAACUGUACAGCUUGCACAGGAAGAAGAGGAUGAGAUAAGGAAGAAAGUAUCCACAGUGGUGGGAAAUUCAUCGUCAAGCUAUUCACUUGAACGCAAUGUUGACGGGGCUGCUCGUGCUUUCAAUCCCAAGGAUGUAAAUCUGAACAAGAAAACCUCUUCUCCAGUUAGUGGGGGCAAACUGACAGAAUCUGAAAUCUUAGAGAGAAUCAAUCGGCUGUCACAAUUACUUGGAAAUAAGGUUACCGUUUUAAGGUUACCAGACCAAGGAGCGAAACUACAGAAGCAGAUUAGUGAAUUAAAUUCAGUGCUCAUCGAGCUGAGGAUGGAGAAAGCAACAGAGAGACAAGGAGUCAUCAGUCUGGAUGAUUUAACUGGGGAAUUCGAAAGAGGAUUGAAUGUAUAGAUUUUUUUUUCCACUAAAUGAAAUGGAGGCAACGAAAAGGAGGUUGCAAGAAUAUUAUUUAUUGGCUAGACUGAGAAGAUAUAUAUAUAUAUAUCUUCAACAUACAAUGAUUUCUUGGUUGGGGCAAGUACUCUCUGCCUACUGUAUAUUUUAUCAAAGUGUAAUUAAUCCAAUGUCAAACAUCAAGGUAUAAGAUUUUGUUUGGGGUUUUGUUAUUUCAGGACCCGUGAGAAUUA